AUGACCAACCCCGACGCCGUCAGAGACAAAUUCUACGAGGACCUGCACGCCCUCUUGGCGACUGUGUCGAAGGCGGACAAGUUGAUUGUCCUUGGCGACUUCAACGCCCGCGUCGGCACAGACCAUACUGCCUGGAGAGGAGUGCUGGGUCCCCACGGUCUCCGCGGCUCAAACGACAAUGGUCUGCUGCUUCUCCGCACCUGCGCAGAACACCGCCUCAUCCUGACGAACACCUUCUUCUGUCUGCCGGAGCGAGAGAAGGCCAACUGGAGGAAUCCUCGGUCGCGCCAGUGGCACCUGCUGGACUAUGUCCUCGUCCGGAGGCGAGAUCAGUGGGACGUGCUGGUGACGAAGGCAAUCGCGGGUGCUGACGGGUGGACCGACCAUCGCCUCGUCAUCUCGAAGAUGCGUAUUCGCCUACAGCCUCGCAGGAGACCACAAGGUAAGCGACCCCCAGGUAAGCUGAAUGUUGUCUUGUUGUUUUUGCCCGUUCAUAAUCUUCAUUUCCGCAAUGAGCUAGCUCAACGGCUAGACAACCUUCCUAUCGCUGCCGACGCCGCCGCUGCCGAGAACGCCUCCGUGGAGAACCGCUGGUGUCAACUGCGAGACACGGUCCAGUCGAUGGCGCUCGCCGUCCUCGGUCGCGCUCCCCGCCAACACCAGGACUGGUUCGACGACAACGACGCCGCCAUCAGAAAUCUGCUAGCUGAGAAGAACCGCCUACACAAAGCCUACGUAGAUCACAUCACUGAUGCCACCAAAGCUGCCUUCUACCGCAGUCGUCGCCAACUUCAGCAAUGA